GCGCCCCGGGACGCCGACACUCGGCGUGCGUACCCCGCCAUGGCGCGCCCCCCGAGCCCGAGCCCGCUGCCACCUGCGCUCCUGCUGCUGCUGCCGCUGCUUCUCCGAGCUGGGGACCACCUCCCCACAGAAGGCCGGCUCAUGAACAGCUGUAUCCAGGCCAGGAGGAAGUGCCAAGCCGAUCCCACUUGCAAUGCUACAUACCACUACUUAUAUUCCUGUGCCUCUAGUAUAAGCACCUCAUCACCUGCAGAAGAGCCUUUGGUCCUUGAGGACUGCAUGGAGGCAGCACAGCAACUCAGGAAUAGCUCUCUGAUGAGCUGCACAUGCCAUCGGCGCAUGAAGAACCAAGCUACCUGCCUGGACAUCUACUGGACCGUUCACCCUGCCCGCAGCCUUGGUGACUAUGAGCUGGAUGUCUCUCCCUAUGAAGACACAGUGACCAGAAAACCCUGGAAAAUGAAUCUCAGCAAACUGGACAUGCUCAAACCAGACUCCGACCUCUGCCUCAAGUUCGCCAUGCUGUGCACUCUUAAUGACAAGUGUGACCGGCUGCGCAAGGCGUAUGGGGAGGCGUGCUCCGGAUCCCGCUGCCAGCGCCACACUUGCCAAAAGCAGCUGAGAGCCUUCUUUGAGAAGGCGUCGGAGCCCCACGCGCAGGGCCUGCUGUUGUGCCCGUGCGCGCCCACCGACCAGGGCUGUGGGCAGCGCCGGCGCAACACCAUCGCCCCCAGCUGCGCGCUGCCCUCGGAGGCCCCCAACUGCCUGGAGCUGUGGCACGUAUGCGUGUCCGACCCGCUGUGCAGAUCGCGCCUGGCGGAUUUUCAGACCCACUGCCAUCCCAUGGACAUCCUAGGGACCUGUGCAACAGAGCAGUCUAGAUGUCUGCGAGCAUACAUGGGGCUGAUUGGGACUGCCAUGACUCCCAACUUUGUCAGCAAUGUCAAUGCCAGUGUUGCCUUAAGUUGCACCUGCCGUGGCAGUGGCAACCUGCAGGAGGAGUGUGAGCGGCUGGAAGAGUCCUUCUCCCACAACCCCUGCCUCAUGGAGGCCAUUGCAGCUAAGAUGCGUUUUCACAGUCAACUCUUCUCCCAGGAGUGGACAACCUCUACCUUUUCCAUGAUGGAACACCAGAACAAAAACCCUGCUCUGAGGCCACAGCCCUGGGUGCCCUCUCUUUUCUCCUGUACACUUACCUUGAUUCUGCUCCCAAGCCUCUGGUAGCUGGACUUCCCUGAGGGCCCCUUUCCUUCUACCACACCAGGCUGACCUGCAGCCUGGGUGGGGAAAGGACAACAUCAGGAAGGAGGUUCAGUACACAGUGUGGCAGCCCUGACCCCACCCCACACGUCCAGUUGACUCCAGAUGAGGCCACAGUAAAAGCUGACUGGCCAAGUUCUCAUUUCCUUCACUUCUUUUUUUGUUUUGUUUUGUUGUUGUUGUUUUGUUGGUUUUUUGUUUUUUUUUUUUGGCUGCGUUGCAUGGCUUGUGGUAUUGUAGUUCCCUGACCAGGAGUUGAACCCAGGCCCUUGGCAGUGAGAGCGUGGAGUCCUAACCCCUGGACUUCCAGGGUCAUUCCCUUCACUUCUGACACAGGCUGCCCCUCCUUAGGACUUUAGCCAGGUCUUCUGGUGGUGUCCAGCUGUACCAGGCUCUGUCCUUAUUCCUUUCUCCUGCCCACCAGGAUCACCUAGGCUCUAACAAAUCAGUCAUGCUUUGUUGCAUUCUUCAGGUAGGCAGGGCUGGAUGUUCUGAAGCGACCUAGAAGGACAUUCCUCAUGGUGAGAAGAGCUGGAGCAAGACUCCUUGCCCCUCAUCUCCUCUUCUGAGUGGGGGAUGGGAACAUACUACCUGCGCCGCCUGGGAAUCCUAUAGAACAUUCCAGCAUUAGGAGCUGGAGCAUUUGGGUCUUGCUUUCUUCCUGCUACUGUCCCAAAAUCCCGUUAG